AUCACCUAUCGACAUGGAGCAAUCUAUGCAAAAGAAUUCGGAUUCAAGGGGCUGUUUGAAGCGCUUGUGGGCAGGAUUACAUCCGACUUCCUUUGCAACUACGACCCUAUCAAGGAGCGAUGUUGGAUUGCCGAGACAGACGGCGAGUUUCUAGGGUGCAUCAUGCUCAUCAAAGAGCUUGAAACACCAAGCACAGCAAGAGUGAGAUGCUUCUUGGUGGAGGACUGUGCGCGAGGAUCUGGCUUGGGAACCAGCUUGAUGAAAGGCUGCAUCGAUACGGCAAGAGAAUUGGGUUAUGGGCAUCUUGUGUUGUCAACGAGCAACUUGUCUGGCUCCGCGCGCCGCUCGUACGCCAAAUUUGGGUUCAGGCUAGAGAGUAGGAUAGAACGUCAAGAGUUGGGAAUUCAACAUGUUGGAGAAACAUGGGGGGUGGAAUUGUGA